AUGGUUGCGCAAUCGCUGAGCUCGCUCUUGCAGCGGUCGACGAUUGACGAUCAUGAGGAGGUGCUCCAUUCCUGCGAAGCGGCCCUCGCCAACUCCAGAUCCGACGUGAACGCCCAGUACAUCAAGACAAUUGCGCUACUGAAGCUUGACCGCUACGGGGAAGCUCUCCGUGUGAUUGAGGAUGGUGGCGACGCUCUGAAGAAGAGGGCCAGCUUGGAAUACGCUUAUUCGCUGUACAAGGUCGGACAAUUGGACCAGGCACUGGAUACUUUGACGAAGUCGUCUGGUGGCCGAGGUGCGCAGCACCUGGAAGCCCAAGUGAGCUACCGUGCUGAGCAGUUCCGCCGUGCCGCCGGUCUUUACGAACAACUGUCCCAAGAUAAGGAGGCGCACCGUCACGAGGAAAAUGACCUGAGCAUCAACUCGUGGGCCACCGAUGCCCAGCUCCAGUGGAAAGGAGAGUCGCAAUAUGUGCGCCACGAGCGGCCUUCGAGAGAGGAUCUGGAAUCGUUCGAAACUACAUUUAACGCGGCUUGUUUGACCAUUGCUAAGGGAGCCCUGCCGCAAGGCGAGGUCCUGCUUAACAGAGCGAAGAAUAUUUGCCAGACGUCGGAAGAUCUCACGCCCGAAGAACGAGCUGCAGAGCUGCUUCCUAUUACGGUACAAAAUCUCUACGUUUUGAUUCGUUUGGGCAAGACCGAAGAGGCCGAGGCUCUUCUCAAGGAAAUCUCCGUGGACAACAUUCCCGAACUCUCUACCAAGAAGAUUGCACAGAACAAUAUCGUACUGGCCCGUCAGACUGCUACCAACCCCUUCAUUCUCUACAAGUCUCUCAACUCAACACCCGAUCCCACCAACAACGACCGCUUGUUCGAUUUCCAGGCCAAUGCUCUGCUGGGCAACUCGCACGCGGCAGACCUUCUUGUUCAGAAGUAUGAUGGCAUGAUUCGGUCAACGGCGAAGGCUCUCUCCAAGAGCCCUUGCCCGUCUACCGAGGCCAGCACAAAUCUCCAAGCUGUGUACAACGCAGCUGGCCACGCACAGGGCCAAGAUGGCGCAAAGGCACUGAAGAAGAUCCUUCCCUUGCUGGAGCGACGACCCAAGGACAUCGGUCUUCUUUUGACUGUUGUCCAGCUCCAUGUCAACGCUGGCAACACAACAUCCGCCAUCACAGUCAUGGAGCGCUCGCUCCGCAGCCUGGAAGAGUCCAUUUCCGAAGCCGAUCAGGAUGCCCGCUUUAACCCGGGCCUCCUCAGCGCUCUUAUCUCGCUGUACCAGCUCGAGGGUCGAAAGCUCCAGAUCCGUUCCACCCUCAAAGCGGCCGCUUCAUACUGGCAGAAGAAGCCCGAGGCCCCGGCCUCUCUCCUGCAGGCCGCCGCAACCUCCCUGCUUCACUCCGACGACAAGUCCGACCUGGCCAAAGCAGGCGACAUCUUCCGCUCGCUUCACCAACAGGACCCCGCAGACCAGGUCGCCAUCGCAGGCUACGUUGCAUCGCAAGCUACGCUGGACUACUCGCAAGUGGAAUCGCAGCUCGACCGCCUCCCAUCGGUCAGUGACCUUACCGCCGACGUCGACGUCUCUGUCCUGGAAUCAGCCGGUAUCAUGCCUUCGGCUUCACUCGCCGCGGCUGCCUUUGCAAAGGCCCGCAAGCGCACUGCAGCCGACAAGGAAGGCGGCGCCACCAAGCGCGUGCGUCAUUCCCGUAUGCCGAAGAACUACGAUGAGGCGAAGAAGCCUGACCCUGAGCGAUGGCUGCCUCUGCGUGACCGCUCCUCUUACCGACCCAAGGGUAAGAAGGGCAAGCAACGUGCUGCGGAGCGGACUCAGGGUGGUGUUGUCAAUGAGAGUCUGGAUAGCUCUCAGCAGAAGGCUUCUGCUGCUGGUGGUGGUGGUGGUGGAUCUAGCAACAAGAAUAAGAAGAAGAAGGGCAAGCGGUAA